AUGCCUCGCCUCACCGCCCGCCCAAGGCUCGCAGCAGCCGCUCUCGCAAUCGUACUCGCACAGGUGGUCCUGGCGCAAGACGGCGGCGCACCAUCAGGUCCCGUUUCGAGUCCAGAGACUGCCGGGUACUCGUGCGAUGCGACAAAGUGCAAGCUGCCUGCUUGUCAGUGCGCUUCGACGUCUCCCCCCGGCGGUUUGAGCCCGAAGGACGUUCCCCAGUUCGUCACUUUCACCGCCGACGACGCCAUCCAGUCCUACACGCUCGAAGUGAUGGACUACUUCCUCGCGAACCGGUCAAACCCGAACGGCUGUUCGCCGAAGAUGACCUACUUCACCAGCUUGAGCUACACCAACUAUUCGAUGGUGACGGACUGGUACGUCGCGGGUAACGAGAUUGCAGACCACACCAUGACGCACGCCGGCAAGCCCAACACGUCCGAGAUCUACGGCAACUUGCGAGCCCUAAACGCGUUUGCCGGCAUUCCCAUGUCCGACUUGACAGGCUUCCGCGCACCGAUGCUCAGCUGGAACGGCGAGACACUCACGCAUCUUUACAAUGCCUCGUUCAAGUACGACUCGUCGAUGACCUCCGCGACCCCCGCCAACGCGUCCAGAACAGACGCCUUCUGGCCCUACACGCUCGACUACGGCGUCGCGAACAACUGCCUCGAGCAGUCCGAUAUCUGCCAAGGCCGCCUCAAGCUUCCCGGGCUGUGGGAGGUGCCGAUGUACUCGAUCUUCCAGCCGAACUCGACGAGCGGGCUUCAUUUGAUGGACCCGUGGCUCGACGGGAACCCAGACGAGGUGCUCGACUGGCUCAAGUGGUCCUUCACGACGCACUACGAGGGCAACCGCCAGCCUUUCGGUCUCUACUCCCACCCGAUUCACCUCGCAGUCGGCUAUCCAGGUGUAGCGGAUCCUAUCGCGACCCGCCAGAUGCUGCAAACCUUCCUUGACUGGGUUCAGACGCACGAGAACGUCUGGAUCGUCUCGAACCAGCAGAUGCUUGCGUGGCUUCAGAACCCCGUCCCGAACUCGCAGAUUGCCAACGUCGACGCUUUCAAGUGCCAAUCGCCCGCCAUUCCCGCCAGCACCAAAAUCUGCAACGGGAUACCCGCCAACGAGGCCGGCCUGUUGAACCGCUGCAACUUCGCCGACUUCCCCUGGCAGACCUGCUACUACUGCCCCUCGGUCGAGCCGACGCCGGACAACCCCGUCCCGUCGCCGAACAAGGGCGACAAGCGCCACACGGUCCCGUCGAACUGCUCGACCGCGUUCUUUGACCCAAUCAAGAACGUCUGCACUUGCUCGAGCGACAGCUGCAAGUUCACCGACCAGACAAAGCCCAUCGGGAACUACUCGACGAACCUGGGCGGCACCUCGAGCGGCGGAUCGUCGACUGCACCGGCUGGCGCAGAGGCGACGGCCCCAUCGAAGCAGAACUCGGCCGCUGCGACCGGCGCCGUCGCUUCUCUGGCCGCCGUCCUUCUCGCUUCCGCCGCCGCCGUUCUCGCUUAG